CAUGCUCAAAGAAACUACGUGCUUGUAACAGGAGCUACUGGAUUCAUUGGCGCCCAUGUCGUCGACGAGCUCCUCCGUCGUGGCCUCAAGGUCCGAGGGGCCACCCGGUCGUUGGCUAAAGGCAACCUCAUGAUGCAAGCUAGAUCGCAAUAUGCCGGCCGAUUGGAUUUCGUCGAGGUCGAUGAUUUUGAAAAGCCCGGCCGUUUGAAAGAAGCUGUCCAAGGUGUCGAUGCUGUGAUUCAUGUCGCCAGUCCCCUUUGCUACCAGACCGACGACAACGAGAAGGAGCUCAUUAUCCCCGCCAUCAAUGGCGUCAAGGGAAUUCUGGAAGCCGCGGCAGCCAACGGCAACGUCCGGCGGGUUGUGCUCACGUCUUCCUUUGCGUCCGUCAUGAAUGCCGACCGCAAGGCGCCACCAUACUUCACGUACACCGGAGAUGAUUGGAACCCGCUCACUUACCAAGAGGCUGCAGAUCCUGCAACGCCCGCUUUUCUUGCCUAUCGCGGGGCGAAGAAGUUUGCUGAGAAGGCGGCGUGGGAUUUUGUCAGGGACAGGAAGCCAGGAUUCGAUCUCGUAACGCUCUGUCCGUCCAUGACUUUUGGCCCGGUGGUGCAUCCCGUAUCCAGCCUGGACGGGCUCAACGAGUCGAGCGCCAUGCUGUGGAAGGUGGCCCGUGGCGAGCCUCUGGCAACAUCUCGCGUCCCCUCAUGGAUUGAUGUUCGGGACCUCUCCCAAGCUCACGUCGAGGCACUCUUGCGUCCGGGUGCCGGGAUGAAGCGAUACAUUGUAGGCGGCCAGGAGGGCUUCACAUACGACCUGGCGGCCCAGAUCAUCGAGGAGAGUUUUGACUGGGCCAAGGGGAAAGUUCAGCGCGACAAGGCACAAAAAAUAGACUACUCAUACGGUAUAGAUGGUGAGACUACAGCUAUAGACCUUGGGUUGAAGUAUACACCGUUUCAGAAAACGGUUGUGGACACGAUUUUCCAGUUGUCAGAGAUGGAGAAAUCGUUUUCAGCACAAGCAGUCAUAUAG